AUUACAGGCACCACAUGCAAUGUCUUUCUGCAGUACUUGCCCGGAGAAUUUCGCGCAAAAUGCAGGGUUUGUAUGGCGGCGGAACAAUAUAUCCUAUGCAUGCUCGUUGCUGCAUGCCAAUCCCUAAAUGACAAAGGCCUCGAAGAAUGUAGAAACAAGACCGCGCGCUAUGGAGACAUCGUGAUCGUCUUGGGUCGGCGAGGUGAUGAUCGUGGUCUGAUUCAUGAGCGCGCACAUUAUGCUCUCGACCAUCUUGAAAACCUCCACCUCGACCCUGCCAAAUUUCUUGCUACUUAA